AAGUUUUAUGUGGGCCCCCUGUUUCAGUUUUCCAUUUUGAACAACUUUCCAUGGUAACCGUAAUCACACAUAAUCACUCGCUUCCCUUUUCUUUCCCGUCAUUUUCAACCCAAGAAAACAGUGUUAAUCCCCCCAAAUUCAGAAUUGGAACCCUAAUUCCACCCAAUCUCACUCAAUUCUCUCACUUUCACUAUUCCAUAGCUCCUGCCCAACCCACUUCCAGCACCGCUCCGCCCAUUCCCGACCACCUGCUGCCGCGUGACCACCGGUCUCCGGCCACCGCAUUUCUGCUCGAUCAAGCUCUCAGGUUGCCUGUGAGAAUGGGGUGGGGAAACAUUUACAGAAGACGUAUUAGAGUAUUCACCAUGGCCUUAGCAAUAUACCUAGAUUAUAAGGGUGUACAACAACGAGAGAAAUGGACUAACAAAUCUAGACAACCUGUACUGUGGGAGAAGGCUCAUGAGCGCAAUGCUAAGCGGGUUCUAAAUUUGAUACUAGAGAUGGAAGGUUUGUGGGUGAAACUUGGGCAAUAUAUGUCAACACGUGCAGAUGUGCUUCCUGCAGCUUAUAUACGUCUUCUGAAGCAGUUACAGGACUCUCUUCCUCCUCGCCCCUUGGAAGAGGUCUAUGGCACGAUACAGAAAGAGUUGGGGAAAUCAAUGGAUGAGCUAUUUUCUGUUUUUAUCAAUGAACCUUUGGCAACAGCAUCGAUAGCUCAAGUCCACCGUGCAACUUUGCUCAAUGGACAGGAGGUGGUUGUGAAAGUACAACAUGAUUCUGUCAAGACAGUCAUAUUGGAGGACUUAAAAAAUGCAAAGUCUAUUGUUGACUGGAUUGCAUGGGCUGAGCCACAAUAUAACUUCAAUCCUAUGAUUGAUGAAUGGUGCAAAGAAGCUCCCAAAGAACUUGACUUCAAUCAUGAAGCUGAAAAUACUAGGACAGUGGCUAAAAAUCUUGGCUGCAGAAACAAGUAUGAUGGAAAUAUUAGUUCCAAUAGAGUGGAUGUGUUGAUCCCAGACGUAAUUCAGUCUACAGAAAAAGUCCUUGUUUUAGAAUACAUGGAUGGCAUUCGGUUGAAUGAUUUAGACUCACUGGAAGCUUAUGGAGUAAAUAAACAAAAUAUUGUUGAGGAGAUUACUCGUGCCUAUGCCCACCAAAUAUAUGUUGAUGGAUUUUUCAAUGGUGAUCCUCAUCCAGGAAAUUUUCUUGUAAGCAAGGAAUCUCCACAUCGUCCCAUUUUACUUGACUUUGGGCUUACAAAGAAACUAUCAACCACCAUUAAGCAAGCACUUGCAAAGAUGUUUCUGGCGUCAACUGAGGGGGACCAUGUGGCCCUUCUCUCUGCCUUUGCUGAAAUGGGGCUUAAGUUGCGUCUGGACAUACCGGAGCAGGCAAUGGAGGUAACGACUAUAUUCUUCCGUGAAACGACGCCAGCAAAUGAAUCCUACAAAACAAUGCAAUCUCUAUCCGAUCAAAGAACAAAAAAUAUGAAGGUUAUACAGGAAAAAAUGAACCUUGACCAGAAAGAAAUGAAACGCUUUAAUCCCGUUGAUGCAUUUCCUGGUGAUAUUGUAAUAUUUGGAAGGGUUCUUAAUCUUCUAAGAGGGCUUUCUUCUACCAUGAACGUACACAUAGUAUAUAUGGACAUAAUGAGGCCGUUUGCAGAAUCAGUUUUGAGUGGGUAUAUUAGUAGGGGACCAUCAGUUAAUGAUAGAUGGAUUUUUGAUUCACCAGUCCAUUCCAAUGUUGAAGCCAAGCUGAGGCAACUUUUAAUAGAGCUGGCAAAUAAUGAUAAAAUACUUGGGAUCCAGGUAUGUGCCUACAAAGAUGGAAAGGUUAUUAUUGACACUUCUGCUGGAGUGCUCGGUAAAUAUGAUCCCCGUCCAGUUACGCCCGAUAGCCUUUUUCCAGUGUUCUCCGCUACAAAGGGUAUCACAGCAGGAAUGAUGCAUUGGCUGGUUGAUAAUGGAAAACUAAACCUUGAAGAGAAUGUUGCAAACAUUUGGCCAGGAUUUGGAUCAAAUGGGAAAGAUGUUAUUAAGGUUCAUCACGUGCUUAACCAUACAUCUGGUUUGCACAAUGCAAUGGCAGACUUAAAUCAAGAAAACCCUCUUCUGAUGCUUGAUUGGGAUGAAUGUUUGAAACGCAUUUGCAUGUCAGUACCUGAGACCGAGCCUGGCAAGGAGCAGAUUUAUCAUUAUUUGUCAUUUGGUUGGUUGUGCGGUGGAAUCAUUGAGCAUGCCUCUGGUAAGAAAUUUCAGGAGAUUCUUGAAGAAGCAAUAGUCCGUCCCCUACAUAUUGAAGGCGAGCUAUAUAUAGGGAUUCCCCCAGGGGUGGAAGCACGACUUGCAGCUCUGACUGUAGAUACAGAUGAUUUAAGCAAGCUGUCAGCAAUUCCUACCCGUCCUGACCUUCCUUCCACCUUCCAACCGCAGCAAAUAGCCCGAUCAGCAACGACUCUGCCUGCUGUUUUCAACACACUGCAUGUUCGGCGUGCCAUCAUACCAGCUGCUAAUGGACAUUUAUCUGCCCGGGCACUUGCACGCUAUUAUGCAGCCCUAGCUGAUGGUGGUAAGAUACCACCACCUCAUUCUUCUGAUUCUAAGCCAGUACUCGGAAGUCAUCCGCACAUCCCCAAAUUAUCUUCUCAGAAGGCUCCCCAAAAUAGGAAAUGUUUUAGGCGGAAGGAAGCAACUUUACCUUCCAUGAGCAAUACUAGAAGUUACGAAAAAGUCUCUAGUUCUGAAAAUUUUGAGGUUAGUGAGGGCAGAAAUACUUGCAGAGAUAAUAACAGUAGCGAUGAUUCCAGUAGUAGCAACGUGGAUAGUAAUCUGCGCACCUGUGUUCCUGGUAAGGUCUAUAGAAAUCCGAGGAUUAUUGAUGAAUUCUUGGGUGCAGGAGAGUGUGAGAAUUUAGCUUUACCAAAUGGGGGUUUCGGCCUAGGAUUUAAGAGAUUGAGUUCUAACAAUGGGUCUUCCAUUGCGUUUGGUCACUCUGGAAUGGGUGGCUCCACAGGGUUUUGUGAUGUCACUAACAGGUUUGCCAUUGCUGUGACACUAAACAAAAUGUCCUUUGGUGGUGUAUCGGCAAAAAUUGUCCAACUUGUUUGUUCAGAGUUGCAAAUUCCGGUACCUGACGAUUUCUUAAGGUUUAUGGCUCAGCAAAGUGGACAGGAUGAGCAGUUAAGUCUGGGGAGGCCUCUGAUUAAUUGAAGGCAGAUUGUUUGGCACCAUUUUUCCAUUAUAAUUUCAUGUUUAAUUUUUCAACUCACCUAUCGCCUUAUAAAUCUAUGCCAUGAUAUCUAUAGUUGACUUUCCUUCCUGUUGUUCGGAAGAAUAAUGAAUGUAAUUAUUUACACAUGAAAAACUAAUGUAAUUAUCUAUGCCAUGAUAUCUAAACUUUGCUAUGAAGAAUAAUGUAUCUAUAGUUUGCUUUGCUUCCA